AUGUUGCCAAGUAGAAGAGCACCACCUCCACGCGCACUGUCUGGACGCUGUUGGACCCCACUGGUGUCGCCUACUCCAUCGGCGUCGGCUCAACGGGUGACAGUGGAUAAACUAUCCUCACUAGCUCAAGAGUUGGCUCAAGUAGCAAAAGAACUAGCUCAACAGAUGCAAUAUCGACUAGCACCAGAUCAACGAGGCCUAGCACAACAGGCACAUUCUCAAGAGAGGUGGGCUCAAGAGUUGCAAGCUCAACUGGCAAAAGCUCAACAAGAGCUGGAUCAACUGAGGCAAAUUCAAAACGCUCCAGAUGAACAGGUGCAAGCAGCACAGGCGCCAGCUGAGCAGCCGCAGGGUGAAUCAGUAAAGUUACCCACUUGGACCUAUCUUGGUCGAGGCGUUAAUCUUUUGGCGAAUCCAAAUAUUUUUAAAGUGAACGACAUCCUAGAAACGACAAAUUUGCCUGCCAUAAUCAAGCUGGUUGGAGAGAAAAAGGCACAGAUUCCAGGGCUGAACGGCGCUCAUGCGUCCCUUGCUGAAAAUGUGCGAUUCGUUCAAGGAGCCAGCCAAGGUACUGCGAAUUAUCUCACCGUUCUGACGGGCUCUGAAUUGAUCGACAAACUCUCCACUGGUGUCGAGUUUUCAGGCAGCUACUCAGCGGUCACAGUUUCAGCUGGCGCAAAUUACAGUUACGAGAAGUCUGUCAAACGCACCGACUUGUAUGCACUUUACAGCUCUCAGACGGAAAUCUACUCUGUCCUGCUUGAUGACGAAAUGGUAAUUGACAACAUAAAUCCAAGAUUCUGGGCUGCUGCGAAAGCUCUCCCCGACUUGGACGAAAAUGGCACGCACGAAGAAGCGUACAGGAAGUUCUUCUUCAAUUGGGGCACGCAUGUCAUAGUGCGCGGGACCGUUGGGACCCGGUAUCAGUUCAAGGUGCAAACCAGCGACGUGGUCUCCUCCGACAAGGAGACCUGGGGAUUGAGUGUCAAGGCAAAUUAUGCAGGUGUUAUUUCUGGCAAUGCCAAUGUCAACCAAGGAACUGUAGAAGACCGCUUCAAGAAUACCGUGCAGGGUCAAGUCAAUAUCAUCGGAGGCGAUGAGAGCUCCCGACUGGAAUUGUUGAGAGACCAUGACAACAAAGCAAAAUUCGACAAAUGGUGCCAGAGCCGAGGGAAUGGGCAAAAUGAAAGCACUACAAAAAUCAAUGUGAAAACCAUUGGCGAUUUACUCAGUGGAAGCCCAGCCGACGAAUACCAGACUACUGGCGCAAAACUAAACAGCGGCUUAUCGUACUUGUUGCGUGGUGGGUCAGCUGGAAGUAUGCAGCAUAUUCGAGGAGUUAUCUACUAUGAAGGCUGGGAAUCCGGGAAUGGCAGUCAAUAUCAGGUAGGAUGUGAGAUAUGGGGCAGCAGCCCUGAAAUAACCGAUGUACGCGUAUUCCAACCCGCAGAGCUCCAUUCACACAAGAAAGAAUAUUUUCAAAUUAAAGUUCCAAAUUCUUGGGAGGGCAAAGGAAACUUUGGCAUGGAUAAAUGGUUCCACUCAAGUGUAUCGUCUGGUCUGACCAUCAACGCCUGGCCAAAGAAGGAGCUCACCGUCAUGGUAUGGGGGUCUACAGGGAUAAGGGUGGUCAUGGAACUGUUUCCUCGGGACGUGGAAGGAGUAAUCCGUCUAGUCUGGCCUGCAAGGCGCAGAAGUGAUACAAUAACAAUCGAUGAUUCCAUUACGGCAAAACAAUACACAGCAAAAUAG